ACCGAGACGGCUGACACGGGUUUUGAGUGUGUGUAGUGUACUUGAUUAGAUACACAAAAAACCAGGAAGUAAUUUUUCCGGUGAGAUGAGAAAUCGGGGACUACGACUUGACAAGUCAAAGUUUACGUGAAAUGAAGAACAAGGAGUAAAAUUAAUUGGAAUGUGUUAGUAGAAAUAUAACAAACAAUACGAAUUUUAAAUAGCUCCGCCCGAGUGAUCUCUGUCCAUGUUUACGAGUACCUGUUCAGGUGUGAAAACUAGCGACUCGGAUAGUUACCAAGUGUUCGUGUCAGAUUGAUGAGAAUUGGAGGGAAAACCAUGACGCACACUACAGAAGAUAAAUGAAAUCUUAAAAAAAGUGGGCAAUGAGUAGAAAUUAUGCCGUCCAGGAAGGAGUUUUGAGUAACACGUGGAAACGAUGCUGAAACUAUUCAAAAAAUCGUUCACGGUAUCCUAUCAAAUAUUGUUUUUAAAAUUGCUAUUGCUGUGCACAACCACAAGUGGAUUUAAUUAUGCGGAGCCCCCAGAUAGCCCAGAAGAACUCAACAGGCGUGGUCAAGUGGAGGCAAUAUCCUGUGAAUUAGGAUCGGGUUCGUCCUGCACGUCUGUUUCUGGUUGCAGAAGCGGGCAAACGGGACCUUUAAAUGCACCAUAUGUAUCCUUACUGCAAAACAUUUUAGCAAACUGUACUGUAGACGAUAUCGAAGACAGUUCUCUACCAAGCAGUGCAAAAACAGGAAAUGGUAAAAUACGUAUAACAUCGAGUAAUAAGGAUGACUGUUUAAACAUCCGCAUAAACGUUGGUAGCACAGACAAUCCCAGUGUAUCUUUCUGGAUAUAUACUGAAUCACCACAACCACGAGCAUGUAAUCUGUUUAGAGUGGGUGGUGCUCAAGUUGCAAUUUCAUCUUCGCAAACGAUUACUGUUAAUACAACUCAAAAUGCAGCAAUAUAUGGUCUGGUGAAAAGUAAGCAGUGGAUUCAUGUUUAUAUUAGGUCUGAAAGUCCUACCAAAUCAUCAGUAUUUAUAAAUGGAAAAUAUUAUGCUGCUGCUGAUAAUACUGGUUUUCCAAAAGAUCCAUCAACCAUAAUGCUGAAUAUAGAGUGUGAUGACCUGUCCAUGGUUGAUUUCCGUUUUUACAGACAGUAUCUCUUAAACAGGGACAUUGAAAAGGAAAUAUUCGAAGGAUCUAGUCUGACGAACACACCCAUCAGUUUUCCGGCAUGCAGGUGCCCGCUGUCCUAUCCAGUCCUUGUGAUGAGGGACAGUGACCCAUCAGGCGUGUUCUGUGAAGCUGUGAAGCCAGGCUCUAUGGUACCAAGAUUGACUAAUAAGAAUGUGGAUAGCUUACGAGAUGGCAACACGUCAACAUAUUGGGAAGGAUCUGCUGGUUCUCAGACUGUCACCUUUACGUUUGACCAGGUUUUCAUGAUUGAUAGCGUGGCAUUAAGUUUCAUGUCUAGCGGCAGAAGUAAUAGUGUCAAAAUCGGACUGUUUGUGAAUGACACAGAGAAAAAUACAAACUCAACAAGUGUUUCUUCUGACAGUGUGAAAUGGGAUGUUCGGACAAAUUCUCCAUCAGGAAACUCAACUCGAAGUGAAGUGGAAGAAAUGGUGGCAAACAAAAUUGAAAUAAUCUUGAGUUCAACUUCUAACAUUGAAAUCAGUGAAAUCAACAUUAUGGGAAGAUGCUACUGCAAUGGGAAUUCAGAAAACUCGCUAGGCUCCUGUAAUAUCACCGGGAAGAACUUCAUGUGUAGCUGUCAGACUAACAGGGGGAUCAAGGGGGACAGCUGUGAGCAGUGUAUAUCCAAUCGUUACAGGGGGGAGGAAGACUUUGGUUGUGAGAUAGACUGUGGUUGUUCUUCAAAGGGAACAAAAAGUGGGAAACUACAAGAAUGUGAACAGGUUGGAGGACAAUGUAUUUGUAAGAGUACUGUAGAGGGGAGAGCAUGUGAUACUUGUAAACCUUUAUACUGGAAACUGGAGGAAAGUAACCCAUCAGGUUGUACUGAUUGUAACUGUGGCCCGGGGGGUAGGGAAUGUAAUAAAGCCACAGGAAGCUGUACAUGUAAACAGAAUGUAGAAGAGAUGAUCUCUGGACGUUGUGAAAAAUGUAACUUCGGUUUCUAUGGUGUCAACUUAGCUGAUGGGUGUAAAGAAUGUAAUUGUCACACGUCAGGUGUGAAUGUUAGAAAUUGUUCAGACCCAGGCGGUGUGUGCACCUGCAAAGAAAAAGUUCAGGGACUCAAGUGUGAUGAAUGCAUGGACAAAUACUAUAACCUCAGCUUGACAAAUUCAGAAGGCUGCAGUCCCUGUCAGUGCAACAAAGUGGGCAGUCAGAGCGAAAUCUGUGAUAAAGGGCAGGGUGGAAUGUGCAGAUGCCAUGGAAAUGCUAGCCUUACUAACAAAAGAAAUUGUGAUCCUAUCUUUGAGUCCCUGAGACUGAUUCCAGACUUUGGUCCGAUUUCUGGGAACACAACAGUCACAGUCAGAGGGAGACUGUUUGGCAAUGGAUCAGUGGUCGUCCCAAUAGUGGUUAUUGGAGAAAAUGAAAUAUUGACAUUGAACACAGUUUCUGAUGUAAGUCUGACAUUUACCACACGGCGUCGAGACUCAGUAGGAAAAGUUACAGUGACCUUGCAAUGGCCUAAUGUGUAUGAAGUCGGAACAAGCAAAGAUUUUAUAAAAAAGUUCCAGUUUGAGUACAGACCAGACCCUGUAGUAAAGCCAGACUUGGCCCAGUCUUUAAAAGCCUUUAAGAGAGGAGGAUGUAAAAUCCCAAUAAGAGGGACAAACUUAGACAGCGUCAGUCAACCAGUUCUUAUUGUAUAUAGUGAGAGUGGAGUAAAACUCAAAACAGAGCAAUGUUCUGUUUCAAGCAGCACAGAAAUCCUUUGUAACUCUCCAAGUGGAUACAGCCCAGGCACUGUUUUGAGAUUUGGUGUAGGAUUAGAUGGCACGACAAUGUACGAAGCUAACAGUACAUUCUCAAAUGCUCAGAUUAAUAUUGUUACCGAUCCUGUACCAACACGAGAGGUAGAUGAAAAUCAGGAGUACAGGCCAGUCUUUAAAGUUGAGCUGCAAAUUGAGGGCCAGGAGUUCACCUCUGGAUGUGCGGACUCCGACUUCAGAGUGGAGUUGAAGGGGGCCUCCAGUAGUUACCCAUGUGUGAUAACUAGCCGUGGGAGGAACUUGAUUAAAUGUGAGCCGGAUAUCGGAUUUCCUGGCGUAGAUGAGGAAGUUGAUAUGAUGUUAUACAUAGGAGGACAUGAGUAUAACAUACAGAGAGUCACCUUAUACCAGUUCUGGAGUACCUGGCAGUUCAUACUAAUUGCUGUGGGUGGAUCCAUAUUUUUACUUCUUGUUAUUCUUCUUCCCAUCAUCCUUUGCUGCCUCUGUCGCAACAAGAAGGUAGAGACAAUAUCCAACGAAAACGGUCUUUUGACAAACGACCAAUCAGGUGUCACUGUCACUCCUUUGGAUAACUUUGAUAGUAUUGGUUUACUGGAUUCUCAAAAUCGUCCCAGAGCACGACCCAACAGUUAUGAAGGAGUUCAACUUGAAAAGGAAUGCUGGGACAGUUUUAUACACAAGGUCAACCAAUCGGUAAGGAAAAUGUUGAACGCCAGCCACAUGGAAAAAUCAGAUGUUGUCGUAGGGACUCGAUGUAUCAAGAAAGGAAGUGAAAUCCGCAUCGUAGACGGGAACUUUGCACAGGGGACGGGGAAACCAUACGCUGGACGCCCAGCAAUGAUUAAGACACUUGUCAACUCCUACAGUAAUUUUGAGAAUGACUUGCUUCCUGAUUGGGUGAACACUGGCUUACAGGAAUGUCUGAGAUUUCGAGAUGCCUUCGAUGAGAAUAUUUUACAGAUAAAAGGAAUCGCCACCGAUAAAGAUCGAUUUUAUAUUACGUAUCCAGGAUUUAAGCGUAGUCUGAAAGAUUACCUCAGUGACAAAAAUAAUGAUCUAACAGACGCAUUACUCCUAGAUAAAUGUGUGCAGAUCUUAGAGGCUGUACAGUUUCUACACAACAUAGACAUAGUACACAAAGAUCUGGCAGCUAGGAACUGUGUAGUGUGUGAUGAUGACAGAAUCAUGGUAACGGAUGCCGCUUUCUCCUGGAACUUGUACCCUGAGGAGUACAUGUACGACAAUCGCCGCGAGAGUUACCUGCCCUUUUGGAUGGAAAAAUUCCGAGAGCUUGUCCGCGGGGGCAUAAGUGUUUUACAAAUCUUCAGAUGUUUAAUUAUACAGUGGUCGUUUGGUGUACUUAUCUGGGAAAUUAUGUCGUCCUGUUUAUAUCUGCCGUUCCAUGAAAUCACCGAGGACGCUAAAAUCCAGAACCAUGUUGAGGCAGGAUACAUACUGGGAAAACCCGAAAAAGCAACAAAUGCUUUAUAUAAUGAAGUCAUGCUGCGUUGCUGGGACAAACAAAGUAGCCAUCGCUUGAAAGUAUCGGAGAUUGGUGACAAAUUUGAUCAAAUCCUGAAUCCUAAUUCUGACGACCCCAGUGAACUUUACGUAAAUAAUACCAAUGAACUUAUGUCAGAUAAUAUCUAUACAAAUUAUGCAUUUCAUUAGAAAUGAUGGACUCUGUCACCCACCAUAGUGUAAUAACGACUUGACACAAAGUGUAAUGUUAUUUUUAUCCUACACAUGGUGUACAUGUGUUAUAUUUUGGGGCCCAUGGCUAAGAUUUGUGAUAAUUUUGACUAUUUUUUUUUCAUCUAUGCACACAACACAGAGACUGUGACAUUCCAUUUAUAUUUUUUUGAUCUGUCAUUUUUUUUAUCAUAUU